GCCUCCAGCCUCUCAAUCUGUGGCCAGCGGCGGCAGCAGAGGCAGAGGUGGCGGCGUGCAACAACCGGCAGCGUGCAACCUUUUCCAGCAAGCUUUUCGGCUCCGUGCACUCAACCUCAUCCUUGGACGAGAAGCGAACCGAACUCAAGGCGGACGAGCUUGCAUGAUCGGCGGCUCCAGCGAGACAGAAAGCCAGGCUAGCCGAGCCCGCUAGCCUUUGUGAGGGUGGCCGGGCUGUCCGCGCACCCGGGGAGCCUCGAGGCAGCCCCGGGCUGGCUGGGAGAAGACGGAGCCGGAAGCCUCGCGCCUUUGAACCCCUGAGCCUUGACAGUGUUGUGUUUGCACGCAGCAACGGUGGAUCUCCAGUGAGGAGCAUCCUCUCCCGCCUGUGUGCAGCCUACCAGCCUACCAGCCUACCAGCGUGACAGCACCAGGAGGCGAUUGAUGACUAAUAUUCCCUCCAGAUAAACCACAACAAUGUUGCGCACCGUGGCCAACGUGCUGGCAGCAGGAUUGCUCGUGUUGGGAAUGCUGCACAGCUCGGACGUGGUGUCUCCAUCCAGGGCUGUUGAUGCUCCAAAGACCUGCAGCCCAAAGCAGUUCGUGUGUAAAGAUGGUGUCACGUGUAUCUCCAAGGGCUGGCGCUGCGAUCGUGAGAAGGACUGCCCAGACGGCUCGGACGAGGAGCCUGAUGUUUGCCCACACAGUGCCGUCUUAAAGUGCCCCCCCAAUGAGUACCAGUGUGGGGGGACAGAGCUGUGCAUCCACAUGAGCAAACUGUGCAACGGGGUUGCAGACUGCACCGACGGCUGGGACGAGGGACCGCACUGCAGAGAGUUUAUAUCCAAUUGCUCACUUAUGGGCUGCCAGGACACUUGUGCAGAGACUCCACUUGGACCUGCUUGUUACUGUAAAAGUGGUUAUGAGAUCAGCUCGGAUGGAAAAACAUGCAAAGACUUCAAUGAGUGCAGUCUGUAUGGGACCUGCAGUCAGUCCUGCACCAACACUGAAGGCUCCUACUCUUGCUCCUGUGUGGAGGGCUACUUGCCGCAACCUGACAACCGAUCCUGCAAGGCCAAGAACGUCCCGGUGGACCGUCUGCCUGUGCUGUUGAUCGCCAACUCUCAGAACAUUCAGGCUACCUCCCUGAGUGGCACCACCGUCCACAGCCUGCUGUCUACCAGCACCAAACAAACCACCGCCAUGGACUUCCUGUACACACAGGAGACAGUUUGCUGGAUCCACGUGGGGGACUCCCCCUCAUCCACGCAUCUUAAAUGUGCCAAGAUUCCCAACCUGAAGAGCUUCAGUGAGGAGAGAGUCAUCAACAUCUCCCUCAGCUUGCAUCAUGUGGAGCAGAUGGCCAUUGACUGGCUUACCGGAAACUUCUACUUUGUGGAUGACGUGGACGACAGGAUCUUUGUGUGUGACAAGGAUGGACAGACGUGUGUCACCCUCCUGGACCAGGAGCUCUACAACCCCAAAGGCAUCGCCCUGGACCCCACCAUGGGGAAGGUGUUCUUCACAGACUAUGGUCAGAUCCCCAAAGUGGAGCGCUGUGACAUGGACGGCCAGAACCGCACCAAGCUGGUGGACAGUAAGAUCGUGUUCCCACACGGAAUUACGCUGGAUUUGGUCAGCAGGCUGGUGUACUGGGCUGACGCCUAUCUGGACUACAUUGAGGUAGUGGACUACGAAGGCAAGAACCGCCACACCAUCAUUCAGGGCCUUCUGAUCGAGCAUCUGUACGGGUUGACGGUGUUUGAAAACUACCUUUAUGCCACCAACUCGGACAACGCUAACAUGCAGCCCAAGACCAGCGUGAUACGCAUCAACCGCUUCAACAGCACUGACAACCAAGUGGUGACACGCGUGGACAAGGGAGGCGCGCUGCACGUGUACCAUCAGAGACGCCAACCACCUGUCCGAAGCCAUGCUUGUGAGGUGGACCAGUUUGGAAAAGCAGGAGGCUGCUCAGAUAUCUGCCUGCUGGGAAAUGGACACAAGACUCGGACAUGCCGCUGCCGCUCCGGCUUCAGCUUGGGUAGCGACGGCAAGUCUUGCAAAAAGCCGGAGCAUGAGCUCUUCCUGGUCUACGGGAAGGGCCGCCCAGGGGUGAUCAGGGGCAUGGACAUGAACGCCAAGGUGCCAGAUGAGUACAUGAUCCCCAUUGAGAAUCUGAUGAAGCCCAGAGCGUUGGAUUUCCAUGCCGAGAGCGAGUUCAUCUACUUCGCUGACGCCACCAGCUACAUCAUCGGGCGGCAGAAAAUCGACGGCACGGAGAGAGACACCAUUCUGAAAGAAGGGAUCCACACGGUGGAGGGCAUCGCUGUGGACUGGAUGGCAGACAACUUGUACUGGACGGACGACGGACCCAAGAAAACCAUCAGCGUGGCUCGGCUGGAGAAAGCCUCCCAGACCCGCAAGACUCUCAUCGAGGAUAAAAUGACUCACCCUCGCGCCAUUGUGGUGGACCCCCUCCAUGGGUGGAUGUACUGGACAGACUGGGAGGAGGAUCCUAAGGAGAGCAAACGAGGCAAAAUUGAACGCGCUUGGAUGGAUGGCUCCAACAGGAAUGUUUUCCUCACCAGCAAGACGGUGCUGUGGCCCAACGGCCUGAGCUUGGACAUCCCUCAGGGAAUCCUCUACUGGGUUGAUGCCUAUUACGACCGCAUUGAGAUGGUCUACCUCAACACCUCCGAACGCAAGACGGUGUACGAGGGCCAGGAGCUGAACCACGCCUUCGGCCUAUGCCACUAUAAACACUUCCUGUUCUGGAAUGAGUACCGCAGUGGCAGCAUUUUCAAGUUGGACACCACCAAGGGCACUGCCACCCUGCUGCGCAACGAACGCCCACCCAUUUUCGAAAUCCGCAUGUACGAUGCUCAGCAGCAACAAGGUUCUAAUGCGUGCCGUGUGCACAAUGGAGGCUGCACCAGCCUGUGUUUGGCCAUACCGGGGGGCCGGCAGUGCGCCUGUGCCGAGGACCAGAUACUGGACCCCACAGACAACACCAGCUGCAAAGCCAACCCGUCCUACGUGCCCCCUCCUCAGUGCCAGCCUGGGGAGUUUGCCUGCAAAAACAACCGCUGCAUCCAGGAACGCUGGAAGUGCGACGGCGACAACGACUGCCUGGACAACAGUGACGAAGCUCCUGAGCUGUGCCACCAGCACACAUGCCCCACUGAAAGAUUCAAGUGUCAGAACAACCGCUGUAUCCCCGUGCGCUGGCUGUGUGAUGGCGACAACGACUGCGGUAACGACGAGGACGAAUCCAACACCACCUGUUCAGCUCGCACGUGCCCACCAAACCAGUACUCGUGUGCCAGCGGCCGCUGCAUCCCUAUCUCCUGGACGUGUGACCUGGAUGAUGACUGCGGGGAUCGGUCGGAUGAGCCUGCCUCCUGUGCCUACCCCACAUGUUUCCCCCUCACCCAGUUCACCUGCAACAACGGACGGUGCAUCAACAAUAACUGGCGCUGUGAUAAUGAUAACGACUGCGGGGACAACAGCGACGAGGCGGGCUGCAGCCAUUCGUGCUCCAGUGCUCAGUUCAAGUGCAACAGUGGAAGAUGCAUCCCGGAUUAUUGGACCUGUGACGGGGAUAAUGACUGCGGGGACUACAGCGACGAAACACAUGCAAACUGCACAAAUCAGGCCACUCGUCCACCGGGAGGCUGUCACACGGAUGAGUUCCAGUGUCGGAUGGAUGGCCUUUGCAUCCCCCUGCGUUGGCGCUGCGAUGGCGACACCGACUGCAUGGACAUGAGUGACGAGAACAACUGUGAGGGUGUCACGCACAUGUGUGACCCGGCAGUCAAGUUCGGCUGCAGGGACUCUGCACGGUGCAUCAGCAAAGCAUGGAUGUGCGACGGAGACAACGACUGCGAGGACAAUUCGGACGAAGAAAACUGCGAGGCGCUGGUGUGCAAACUCUCUCACCAUGUGUGUGCCAACGACUCCACCAUCUGCCUGCCCGCAGAGAAACUUUGCGACGGCACCGAUGAUUGCCCAGAUGGCUCCGAUGAGAAACUCUGUGACCUGUGCUCGCUGGACAAUGGUGACUGCAGCCAUAAUUGCACGGUGGCCCCCGGCGAGGGCGUGAUAUGUUCCUGCCCCCUGGGCAUGGAGCUGGGACCAGACAACAAAACCUGUCAGAUCCAGAGCUUCUGUGCUAAACACCUGAAGUGCAGUCAGCGCUGCAAGCAGGAUAAGUUCAGCGUGAAAUGCUCUUGCUACGAGGGCUGGGAGCUAGAACCGGACAUGGAGAACUGCAAGAGCACGGAUCCUUUUAAGCCCUUCAUCAUUUUCUCCAACCGCCAUGAAAUCCGACGCAUCGAUCUCAAUAAGGGUGAGUUCAGCGUGCUGGUGCCCGGGCUGAGGAACACCAUUGCCUUGGACUUCCAUCUCAGUCAGAGCGCCCUUUAUUGGACCGACGUGGUCGAGGAUAAGAUCUACCGUGGGAAGCUGUCCGAGAAUGGGGCUUUAACCAACUUUGACGUGGUAAUCCAGUACGGGCUGGCGACCCCUGAGGGCCUGGCAGUGGACUGGAUAGCAGGAAACAUUUACUGGGUGGAGAGCAACCUGGACCAGAUUGAGGUGGCCAAGCUAGACGGCACCAUGAGGACCACCCUGCUGGCUGGGGAGGUUGAGCAUCCUCGAGCCAUUGCCCUGGAUCCCCGUGACGGAAUCCUCUUCUGGACCGACUGGGAUGCCAGCUUACCAAGGAUUGAAGCCGCAUCCAUGAGUGGAGAAGGCAGGAAGACCAUCCACAAGGAAACUGGCAAUGGAGGCUGGCCAAACGGACUCACGGUGGAUUAUCUGGAGCGACGCAUCCUCUGGAUUGAUGCCAGGUCGGAUGCCAUUUACUCUGCCAAAUACGAUGGUUCUGGGCUGAUCGAGGUUCUGAGGGGGCACGAGUAUUUGUCCCAUCCUUUUGCUGUCACCAUGUACGGUGGGGAGGUGUACUGGACCGACUGGAGGACCAACACGUUGGCCAAGGCCAACAAGUGGACUGGGAGCAAUGUCACUGUGGUCCAGAGAACCAACACGCAACCUUUUGACCUCCAAGUCUACCAUCCGUCCAGACAGCCUCAAGCGCCUAACCCGUGUGCUGCCAAAGACGGCCAGGAGCCCUGCUCUCAUCUUUGUCUCAUCAACUACAAUCAGACAUUCUCGUGUGGCUGCCCCCACCUCAUGAAACUCGGGCCUGACAGGCGUACUUGCUACGAGUCUCGUCAGUUCCUGCUGUACGCUCGCCAAAUUGAGAUCAGAGGAGUGGAUAUCGACAAUCCCUACUACAAUUACAUCAUCUCCUUCACUGUGCCUGACAUCGACAAUGUAACGGUGGUGGACUACGACGCCAUGGAGCAUCGUAUUUACUGGUCAGAUGUCCGCACGCAGACCAUCAAGAGGGCUUUCAUAAACGGCACUGGGGUGGAGACCGUGAUAUCUGCUGAUCUGCCCAACGCUCAUGGUCUUGCAGUUGACUGGGUUUCCAGGAAUCUCUUCUGGACCAGCUACGAUGCCAACAAGAAACAAAUUAAUGUCGCCAGACUGGACGGCUCGUUCAAAAACGCUGUGAUCCAAGGCCUGGACAAGCCCCACUGUCUAGUUCUGCAUCCUAUCCUGGGGAAACUCUACUGGACAGAUGGGGACAAUAUCAGCUUAGCCAACACAGAUGGCAGCAACCAAAGUGUCCUUUUCACCAACCAGAGAGGCCCUGUCGGCCUCUCCAUUGACUUUGACACUGAGCAGCUUUACUGGAUCAGCUCAGGUAAUAGCACCAUCAACCGCUGCAAGCUGGAUGGCUCUCGAUUUGAAGUCCUCGAAGGGGCCAAGGGCAAGUUAACCAAGGCUACGGCUUUAGCCAUAAUGGGGGAUAAGUUGUGGUGGGCUGACCAAGGAACUGACCAGAUAGGAACGUGUAACAAGAAGGAUGGUGGCAACUGGAAAGUCCUAAGGAACAGCACAUCCCCAAUGAUGCACAUGAAGAUCUACAAUGAAACAGUGCAAAAAGGCACCAAUCUUUGCAGCAAUAACAAUGGUGACUGUUCCCAGCUGUGUCUCCCCACCUCCCCGACCAGCAGGGCUUGCAUGUGCACUGCAGGAUACAGCCUGCGCAGGGGCCAGCAGUCUUGCGAGGGUGUUGGCUCCUUCCUCCUGUACUCUGUCCAUGAGGGGAUACGUGGUAUUCCUUUGGACCCGUCGGACAAGUCUGAUGCCCUUGUACCAGUGUCAGGCACCUCCCUGGCUGUGGGAAUAGAUUUCCAUGCUGACAAUGACACUAUCUACUGGGUGGAUAUGGGCCUGAGCACAAUCAGCAGGGCCAAGAGAGACCAGACGUGGAGAGAGGACGUAGUCACUAAUGGCAUCGGUAGGGUGGAGGGAAUAGCUGUGGACUGGAUAGCAGGAAAUAUCUACUGGACAGACCAAGGUUUCGAUGUGAUCGAGGUGGCCCGUCUGAAUGGCUCUUUCCGCUACGUGGUUAUCUCCCAGGGCUUGGACAAGCCUCGCGCCAUCACUGUCCACCCUGAGAAAGGCUACUUGUUCUGGACGGAGUGGGGCCAGUACCCCCGUAUUGAACGCUCCCGACUGGAUGGCUCACAAAGGGCUGUUCUGGUGAAUGUCAGUAUUAGCUGGCCCAACGGUAUCUCCAUCGACUAUGAGGACGGUUUGCUGUACUGGUGCGACGCCAGGACUGACAAAAUUGAGCGCAUCAAUCUGGAGACAGGAGAGAACAGGGAAGUGGUUCUGGCCAACAACAACAUGGACAUGUUUUCUGUGUCCGUGUUUGAGAGCUACAUCUACUGGAGUGACCGGACUCAUGCUAAUGGCUCCAUAAAGAGAGGCAGUAAAGACAACGCCACAGACUCGGUCUCUCUGAGGACUGGGAUCGGGGUGCAGCUCAAGGAUAUUAAGGUCUUUAACCGGGCCAGGCAGCAAGGAACGAAUGUGUGCAAAGUCAACAACGGCGGGUGUCAGCAGCUUUGUCUUUACCGUGGCAAUGCGCAGCGCACAUGCGCCUGCGCCCACGGCAUGCUGGCCGAAGACGGAAGCAGCUGCCGCGACUAUGACGGCUACCUGCUGUACUCGGAGCGCACCAUACUAAAGAGCGUUCACCUGUCGGAUGAAAACAACUUGAACGCGCCCAUCAAACCGUUUGAGGACCCCGAGCACAUGAAGAAUGUCAUUGCUCUGACCUUCGAUUACCGAGGAGGGGGAGGGAAGGGAGCCAACCGGGUCUUCUUCAGUGACAUCCACUUUGGCAACAUCCAGCAAAUCAGCGAUGAUGGAUCUGACCGCAAGACUGUAGUAGAGAAUGUGGGCUCAGUGGAGGGUCUGGCGUACCACCGGGGCUGGGAUAUGCUGUAUUGGACCAGCUACACCACCUCCACCAUCACCCGCCACACUGUGGAUCAGAGCCGCUGGGGCGCUGUUGACCGGCACACUGUGGUCACAAUGUCAGGAGAUGACCACCCCAGAGCCUUCGUUCUGGACGAGUGCCAGAGCCUCAUGUUCUGGACCAACUGGAACGAGCAGUCUCCCAGUAUCAUGCGGGCCACGCUCACUGGGUCCAACGUGCUAGUCAUCAUUGGCACUGACAUCCGAACCCCCAACGGUUUGGCCAUUGACCACCGUGCUGAAAAGCUUUACUUCUCUGACGCCACCUUGGACAAGAUCGAGCGCUGCGAGUAUGACGGCAGUCGGCGCUACGUGGUACUGAAGAAUGAACCGGUGCACCCAUUUGGUCUGGCCGUGUAUGGAGACUACAUCUUCUGGACGGACUGGGUGAGGAGGGCUGUGCUUCGGGCCGACAAAUACACAGGAGGAGACAUGAAGGUCCUGCGUGCCGAUAUUCCCCAGCAGCCCAUGGGAAUCGUUGCCGUGGCCAACGACACUAACAGCUGCGAGUUCUCGCUAUGUCGCGUCAACAACGGAGGAUGUCAAGACUUGUGCUUGCUGACGUCGGAGGGGAGGGUCAACUGCAGUUGCCGUGGCGACAGGAAGCUUCUGGACGACAACACUUGCAUUGCUCUCAACACGACCUGCAGUAAAAUUGACGAGUUUGAGUGUGGAAACGGAGACUGUGUGAACUACACGCUGACCUGCGAUGGCAUGGCCCACUGCAAGGACAAGUCUGACGAGAAGCAGUCUUACUGUGCCAACCGAGUGUGCAAGAAGGGCUACAGGCGUUGCGUUAACGGCCGCUGUGUGGGGCAUCACUCCUGGUGUGACGGACAGGAUGACUGUAGAGACAAUUCAGAUGAGCUUUUCUGUAACACCACACUGUGUUCGGCGGAACAGUUCCAGUGCAGAGACGGAAGCUGCAUCCUCAACUCCAGCAAAUGCGACCAAAAAGUGGACUGUGAGGAUGCCAGUGACGAGAUGAACUGCACGGCCACAGACUGUUCCAGUUAUUUCCGCCUGGGAGUGAAAGGAGUGACAUUUGAGAAGUGCGAGUUCACCACCCUCUGCUAUGACCCCUCUUGGCAUUGUGAUGGAGCUAACGACUGUGGAGACUUCUCGGAUGAAAGAAACUGCCCAGGAAGUGGCAAAACCAAGUGCCCGACGACUUUCUUUGCCUGUCCGAACGGACGAUGCAUCCCGAUGAGCUGGACCUGCGACAAAGAGCACGACUGCGAGAAUGGCACAGACGAGGCUCAUUGCGAUAAAUUCUGCUCAGCCUCCCAAUUUGAGUGUGGAAACCAUCGCUGUAUUCCCAACUCGUGGGUCUGCGACGGAGCAGACGACUGUGGCGACAGCAGCGACGAGGACAGCAAGUGCAAAACAAAAACAUGCAGUCCAGAAGCAUUCCAAUGUCCCGGAUCCCACAUGUGCAUCCCUCAGCGCUGGAAAUGUGACGGCGACAAAGACUGUCCUGAUGGGGCUGACGAGAACGUGAAAGCUGGCUGUGUCUUCAACGACACGUGUCGCAGCGACGAGUUCAUGUGCCAGAACAGGCGUUGCAUUCCCAAGCACUUUGUGUGUGACCACGACAACGACUGCAGCGACGGCUCAGACGAGUCGCAGGAGUGUGAGUACCCAACAUGCGGACCCAAUGAGUUCCGCUGUGCCAACGGACGCUGCCUCAUCCAGAGCUCAUGGGAGUGCGAUGGAGACUUUGACUGCCACGACCACUCGGACGAAGCCCCCAAGAAUCCACGCUGCACGGGACCAGAGAAGAAAUGCAACGAAACGGCCUACACAUGCAACAACGGAAAGUGUGUCAACGAGACGCUACUCUGCGACCACAAAGACGACUGCGGCGAUGGCUCGGAUGAGCUCAACUGCUACAUUAACGAGUGCCUGAACAGCAAACUGAGUGGCUGCUCUCAGCUCUGUGAGGACCUGAAGAUAGGCUUCAAGUGUCGAUGCCACCCCGGAUUCCGGUUGAAAGACAAUGGGAAGACGUGCGUGGACGUGGACGAGUGCACGAGCACCUACCCCUGCACACAGCGCUGCAUCAACACGCACGGCAGCUUCCACUGUCUGUGUGUGGACGGGUUCCAACUGAGCCCUGAAAAUCCAACCAUAUGCAAAUCAACAUCCGACGAGGAGCCCUUCCUCAUCUUUGCCAACCGCUACUACCUUAGAAAGCUCAACCUGAAUGGCUCCAACUACACUCUCAUCAAACAGGGCUUGAACAACGCAGUGGCUCUGGACUUUGACUAUCGUCAGCAGAUGAUUUAUUGGACUGACGUGACCACGCAGGGCAGCAUGAUCCGGCGCAUGCACAUCAAUGGCAGUGAUGUUCAGGUCCUCCACCGCACAUCACUCAGCAACCCAGAUGGACUGGCAGUGGACUGGGUGGGAGGAAACCUGUACUGGUGCGAUAAGGGGCGGGACACUAUUGAGGUGUCGAAGCUGAAUGGGGCAUACCGCACAGUUCUGGUCAACAAUGGCUUGAGAGAACCUCGGGCUGUCGCUGUGGAUGUGCGAUAUGGCUACUUGUACUGGUCGGACUGGGGGGACACCCCUCACAUUGGGAGGAUUGGGAUGGAUGGCACCAACAGGAGUGUCAUUGUGGAGGAUAAGAUCACCUGGCCCAACGGCCUGACUCUGGACUUUAUCAACGAUCGCAUCUACUGGGCCGACGCCCGAGAGGACUACAUCGCCUUCGCCAGCCUGGACGGAACCAACAGACACACAGUCCUGGCCCAGGAUAUCCCGCACAUCUUUGCAAUGACUCUGUUUGAGGAGUACAUCUACUGGACGGACUGGGAGACCAAGUCCAUCAACAGAGCUCAUAAGACUCUGGGAAUCAACAAGACCAUGCUGAUUAGCACCUUACACAGACCGAUGGACGUCCAUAUCUACCACUCAUAUCGCCAACCAGAGGUGGCCGAUCACCCGUGCCAGACCAACAAUGGUGGUUGCAGCAACCUGUGCCUGCUUUCACCCGGAGGGGGCUACAAAUGCGCCUGCCCCACUAAUUUUUAUCUGGCAGCUGAUGGCAAACAGUGCUUGUCCAACUGCACUGCCAGUCAGUUUGUUUGCAAAAAUGACAAGUGUAUUCCAUUUUGGUGGAAGUGUGACACGGAAGACGACUGUGGGGAUCGCUCAGAUGAGCCCGCCAACUGCCCUGAAUUUAAGUGCAGACCAGGUCAAUUCCAGUGCGGAACAGGAAUUUGUACAAAUCCUGCCUACAUCUGUGACGGAGACAAUGACUGCCAAGACAAUUCGGACGAGGCCAAUUGCGACAUCCAUGUGUGCCUGCCCAGUCAGUUUAAAUGCACCCAUCCCAGUCGGUGCAUCCCUGGCAUCUUCCGUUGCAAUGGACAGGACAACUGCGGAGAGGGAGAGGAUGAGAAGGAUUGCCCCGAGGUGACAUGCGCCCCCAACCAGUUCCAGUGUGCCGUCACCAAGCGCUGCAUCCCGAGGGUGUGGGUGUGCGACAGGGACAACGACUGUGUGGACGGCUCUGAUGAGCCCGCCAACUGCACCCAAAUGACGUGUGGUGUGGACGAGUUCCGCUGUAAGGACUCGGGCCGCUGCAUCCCGGCACGCUGGAAGUGCGACGGUGAGGACGACUGUGGCGAUGCUUCAGAUGAGCCCAAAGAGGAGUGUGACGAACGGACGUGUGAGCCGUAUCAGUUCCGCUGUAAGAACAACCGCUGCGUGCCCGGACGCUGGCAGUGCGACUACGACAAUGACUGUGGGGACAACUCUGAUGAAGACAAGUGUGUGCCUCGCCAGUGUUCUGAGAGCGAGUUUGCCUGCACAAAUGGCCGCUGCAUUGCCGGGCGCUGGAAGUGUGACGGCGAUCAUGACUGUGCAGACGGCUCAGAUGAGAACGGCUGUGACGUGAAGUGUGACAGCGAUCAGUUUCAGUGUAAAAAUGGCCACUGCAUCCCCAUCCGCUGGCGCUGUGAUGCUGACCCCGAUUGCAUGGAUGGAAGCGAUGAGGAGAAAUGUGACAGUGGUGUGGGUAGGCACUGCCCCCUGGAUGAGUUCCAGUGCAACAACACUCUGUGUAAACCUCUGAGCUGGAAGUGCGAUGGCGAGGACGACUGCGGGGACAAUUCCGAUGAGAAGCCAGAGGAAUGUGUUAAAUUCCAGUGUCCACCCACCCGACAGUUCCGCUGUCAUAAUGAUCGCGUGUGUCUGCCGAUAUCGAAACGUUGCGACGGCGUCAACAACUGCGGGGACAACAGCGAUGAAGUCAACUGCCCGGUGCUUCCGUCCACACCCGUGUGCCAAAAAGAUGAGUUCCAGUGCUCCAGCGGCCGCUGCAUCAGCUCUGUGCUGCGGUGCAACUUCUUCAAUGACUGUGAGGAUUACGGCUCUGAUGAAAUCAACUGCAAUAAGAAAGACACGGCGCUGAAUGAUUGCCGCAGCAACAGGACGGUGUGCGGCGACGGCGACGAGGCUCACUGCGUGGUCAAUGGGACGAGCUCCUUCUGCUCCUGCAAACCGGGCUUCAAGUCCUACGGCCGUAACAGAUGUGAAGAUAAGAACGAGUGUGGAGCGUUUGGAGUGUGUUCGCACAUCUGCAACAACACCAAGGGUUCAUACAAGUGCAGCUGCCACAAGCACUUCACUCGAAUCAACGACACUUGCAAGGCUGACACUCAGAGACAAGUUCUCUACAUCGCUGAUGACAAUGAGAUCCGUGGGCUGGACCCCUCCAUGCCAAAUUGGCGCUAUGAGCAGGUCUUCCAGGGCGAUGCCAACGUGCGCAUCGAUGCCAUGGAUGUGCACAUCAAGACAAAUCGCAUUUACUGGACCAACUGGCACACAGGGCGCAUAUCUUCCUACGAGUUGCCUUCUUCCUCAUCGCCGUCACCUAACAACAACCGGAACCGACGUCAGAGCGAAUCGCGGGUCACCAACGUGGAGAUCCCUGAUCUGACUAUGCCACGGGGUAUCGCCGUGGACUGGGUGGCGGGGAACCUGUACUGGACUGACUCGGGUCGAGAUGUCAUCGAGGUGGCUCAGCUCAGUGGAGGACACCGCAAAACUCUCAUUUCUGGCAUGAUUGAUGAGCCUCACGCCAUCGUGGUCAACCCCCCGAGAGGAAAAAUGUACUGGGCCGACUGGGGGAACCACCCAAAGAUUGAGACCGCCGCCAUGGACGGAACCAUGAGAGAGACGCUGGUGGAAGAAAACAUUCAGUGGCCAACUGGUCUUGCAGUGGACUACUUCAACCAGCGCCUGUACUGGGCUGAUGCCAAACUCUCCUUGAUUGGCAGCGUGAGGCUGAAUGGCAGUGAUGCUGUUGUGGCCGUACACAGCAUCAAAAACAAGCUGCAGCAACCCUUCAGCAUCGACAUAUUUGAAGACUACAUCUACGGCAUCACCUACAUCAACAACCAUGUCUUCCGUGUAAACAAAUUUGGAAAAGGCCACGUAGAGAACUUGACCACAAGAAUGAACCAUGCCACUGAUUUGGUUUUGUUCCACCGCAACAAGCAACCCGAGAUGACCAACCCAUGCGAUCCAAAGAAAUGCGAAUGGCUGUGCCUGCUGAGCCCCAGUGGACCCGUGUGCAUGUGUCCCAACGCUCACACGUUGGACAACGGCACAUGCGUGAGGCAGCCCGCUCCCACGCUCUCGCCAAUCUCGCCCCCCGGUGGCCCCUGCCUGGUCCAGUGUCUGAACGGCGGAAGCUGCUUCCUCAACGCUCACAAGCAGGCCAAAUGUCGCUGCCAGCCCAACUAUGGAGGAGAUCGAUGUGAGGUUGACCAGUGCAGAGACUACUGCAAGAACGGAGGAACAUGCACACCUUCUCCUACAGGGUCGCCUACCUGCCGAUGUCUGCCAGGGUUUACGGGACCGAACUGUAACCUGCACACAUGUAGGAAUUACUGCAUGAAUGGAGGCAACUGUACUGUCAGUGCAGGAAAUCAGCCAACCUGCAACUGCCCUCACGACUUCCUGGGCGACCAGUGCCAGUAUCGAAGCUGUGAAGGCCACUGCCUGAACAGAGGCACGUGUCUGCAGACCGCCAGCGGCUCCAAACUGUGCCGCUGUCUGCCCCAGUACACCGGCAGCACAUGCCAGAUCGACAAGUGUCACUAUUGUCGCGACGGAGAGUGUAUCCCCAAGGACAGGUUUACCUCGACUGGGGAAUUCACCUGCCGAUGCACAAAUGGAAGAAUCCAGCCCAGCUGCUACACAUGCGAUACAAAUGAGUACUGUGCAAACGGCCAGUGUUCCAUUAAUCCACAUACCCACCUUCCUGAGUGCAGAUGCUCUGAUGGAUGGGCGGGGCAUCGUUGUGAGUCAGUCACUGAGCCUGAAGGUGCCACCAGUUCAGGUGGACGCACCGCCUCCAUCGUGAUCCCUGUGCUCCUUUUGCUUCUGCUGGUUCUGCUGGCUGCGGGAGCCCUGAUCUGGUACAGGAGGAGGAUGAGAGGGUCUAGCCGGCCCAGUAAAACCGGCUCCAAACGAUUGCGAGCCAAGGGUUUCCAGCACCAAAGGAUGACCAAUGGGGCCAUGAAUGUUGAAAUCGGAAACCCCGCCUACAAGAUUUACGAGGGCGAGCCUGAUGACGAUGCCGGGGAGUUGUUAGACGCGGACUUCACCCUGGAUCCGGACAAGCCUACCAACUUCACCAAUCCGGUGUACGCCACGCUGUACAUGGGCGCUCACAACAGCCGCAACUCUCUGGCCAGCACGGACGAGAAGAAGGAGCUUCUGUGCCGCGCAGAGGAAGAGCCUCUCGUGGACCCUCUGGCGUAGGCCACCGCCCGUCAUGCCAUUCCAAUCACCCUGUUCUGGCCUUUUAGAGAAAACACAAACAAAAAAAUCGAGAGAGAGAAACGACACAAAAAAGCGUGUGAACACUGUAUAAAAUGUACAAAAAUGAAGGACUACUUUUGUAUGUGAUUGCAGUAUUAUAUUUUGUUUCUUUUGAGUUUCCUCCGGUCAAAAAAACAACAACAUUUUCUAUAAGAAAUUUUUAAUUUCCGCGUGUCCCUUCCCCUUUACCUAAAUAGCCACUACCUCUGUGCAAAAUGAAACGGAAAGGAGACAAUUAGAAGUCAUCGGAGCAAAUGUAUUUUUCUUGUUAUUUUUGUAUGAAUUGUAUAAAGAGAAAGAGAGAAGUCGUUCCAUUUCACCAGUGCCAACUGUUUGUUGUUUGUGUGCACUUUGAGCAAGAAAGGCAAAACUCAAAGUUGUGAAAAUUGUUUUCGUUUCACUUCUCGACAAGAUUGUGUACUCUUAGGUUGGCUUAUUUUGUCCUGGGCCCAAAGGCUGUGGAGUAAAGAACAGAAAGGACUUUAUUGGACAGCUUCCCAUGACCUAACUCACAUAUUAAUACCAAGCCUUUUUUGUAUUCGCAGAGAGCCUCUAAUAUAUACUUUUGAAGGGUACCAUUGUCACACACAAGAGAGAGACUACUUCCAACGUUCUGUUGUGGUUUUAACACCGUUCCGUGUCUUCGGUCCGAGAAGCCAACCGCACCAGAGCUGACUGGGUUGGGAUGCUGGGCGUUUUCACUGGCAGAGCAAAUGCACCAGAGUUCCUUUUAAGUGAACCAAACGCGACAAGGCACUCGGAGUGGGAAAUGAUUGUGUUGUCUUCCUUGCACAGAAUUCCAAUUGAAUAGUAUUUUAUACAGAGAUGUUUUUUUCACGGCUUUUGUGUGUGUGGUGUGUCUUGGAGAGGGAGGACUUUGCUCCUGGCUCGGGUGAUGUUGUGAUGAAGCAACCGGCUGGUAAACAAUAGGAGGACCAAAAAAGGCACCGCCAGUUAGGAGGGCAAGUGAGUGUCAUGUGACUUCGAGGGUCUUCCUUCCUCCAGUUGAAGGUGAGGAUGGACCUUUUCUUAUUCAUGUCAGUCAUGAGUAACUUUCCUCCCUUUACUGCAGGGUUGCUCACACUUUUCCAUUUACUGCCAUUAACUCAGCAGCCAAAACAUGCAUGUUACAUAAGUAUAUGACACAUUCUCCACACCUGCAGUGAUCUUCUAGUCUAUGUAUAUUUAGAAAUAGUGGUAGGUGAAAUGGAAAUUCCAUGGUUGUCAUGGUUACGUUAUUAAGGUACCUUUAUCUUGUGUCCGGCACCAUUGCAUGCAUUAAUUAGCACAGGAAGCGCUUUUAUGUCGACACACCAUCACUACUGCUACCACUGACAUAUCACAUUUUGUUGACACCAUUUUUCAUGAGCUUAACAUUGUACAGUUAUAUUUUUACUUGAUUUUUAUGAUGUGUCAGUGAAUACAUUAGAUACCUUUCACGUUCGCGGGAUUCUGUUUUGCUUCCAACACCAGCUGCAAAUCUAAAUGUGAGGCUAAAUUUCAUGGCUGGAAUUGUUCGAUUAUUAGAGUACCUUUUUUACCUUUGGUGUCCAGUGCCAUCAUGCGUGUUCAUUAAGGUCGGAAGCUCCUUGAACAAAUGUUUUGCUAUAGCUAGGCUAUAGUUAUGUCACCAAAUGAUCACCAAAUGACUCCACAUGAAUAAAACCUGAAGUGAAUAUGUAUUGAUAACUAAAAAUCAAGUGGUGUCCAAUCAUCAUGAAUGUUAUGUUUUAUUUGCCACUAGUUUUGAGGAACUUAACCUUUUACACUUUUUUAAUGGUGUGUGUGCCUCAACUUUAAAUUCGGAUCAAAUUUUACUCAGCUGGUGCGGAGAAGUGUCAUAUAUGUAUCAUGUGAUUGGCUGGUGAGCAAUCCAGGGUGUCCCCCACCUCUCAAAACAAAAAGUCAGUUGGGUGAGGUUCCAGCGCCUAGGAAAUGGAUGUCUUACUGUAAAAUUCACAUUAAAUAAAUGACAACACAGAAGAUGACAUACAGUAUAUGAACGUAAUAGUGCAAUGAAAUAAGAUCUUACCCUCACCCGGCCCCCAUUUUGGGUCAUGACUUUGGCAAACCUUGCCUUAGUGGAUCAGAGUGAGCGUUUUGUACCGCCUCUUGUCUUUCAAGUGCAGAAAGGUCGUUUUGGUAUUUGUGUUUCUUGAGCUUCGUCCAAACCCCCCACCCCCACCCCCGUGGAACUGCUGCUGCUAUCGCUACCA